ACCAAGCGGGAGCUGUUCUUCCGCGACGGCCCUGUGCCCCCGGCGGCGCCCAGCUCCGGCGGCCUGCUGGGCCUGAGCAAGGACUCUGCCGGCAGCCUGACUUCGUCCGGAGGCGGCGGCGGAUCGGCGCCGCCGUCGUACACGUCGGCUACCGGGAACCGCGAGCUUGCGGAGGGCUACGUGGGCUUCGCCAACCUUCCCAACCAGGUCUACCGCAAGGCGGUCAAGAAGGGCUUCGAGUUCACCCUCAUGGUGGUCGGUGAAGCUGGGCUUGGAAAGUCAACGCUCAUCAAUUCUAUGUUCCUGACGGACAUAUACUCAAAUGAAUAUCCGGGGCCAUCUCACCGUGUAAAGAAAACUGUAGAGGUUGAAACCACUCGAGUGCUUCUAAAGGAAGGCAGCGUAAACUUAACGCUGACCAUUGUGGACACACCAGGCUUUGGCGACGCUGUCGACAACACUCAGUGCUGGCAGCCUAUAAUUGACUACAUUGAAGCGAAGUAUGCAGAGUACCUUGAUGCAGAAUCACGAGUACAUCGGACAACAUUGCCUGAUAACAGAGUUCAUUGUUGUCUGUACUUCAUUGCACCUUCAGGACAUGGGUUAAAGCCUCUGGAUAUUGAAUUCAUGAAGCGGCUCCAUGACAAAGUCAACAUUAUCCCUGUGAUUGCCAAAGCAGACACUAUGACACCAGAGGAGUGCAGUCUAUUCAAGCGAACGAUUUUGAAUGAGAUCACGCAAAACAAAAUUCGUCUUUAUGAAUUUCCUGAUCCAGAAGAUGAAGAGGAGAGCAAACUACAAAAGCCACUUAAGGAACGUGUACCCUUUGCUGUUGUAGGCAGCAAUACAGUGGUUGAAGUAAAUGGUCGGAGAGUCAGGGGUCGCAAGUAUCCUUGGGGAGUUGCAGAAGUUGAGAACAUGGACCAUUGUGACUACAUUGCCUUGAGGAAUAUGCUCGUUAGGACUCACAUGCAGGACCUGAAGGACAUCACAAACAGUGUCCACUAUGAAAACUACCGUUGCCGAAAGCUUGCUGGUGUUGGCGGUGCUGGGGAGCCAGGUCUCGGCAGAUCCAACAAGAAUCCACUGGCACAAAUGGAAGAGGAAAAGAAAGACCACGAAGCUAAGAUGCAACGCAUGGAGAAAGAGAUGGAGCAGGUGUUUGAGAUGAAGGUCCGUGAGAAGAUGCAGAAGCUUAAGGAGUCUGAAGCGGACUUGCAGAGAAGGCACGAGCAGAUGAAGAAGGGGCUAGAGCAGCAGAAGCUUGAGCUAGAAGAGAAGCGGCGCAACUUCGACAAGGAAAAGAGUUCUUUUGAAAUAGCCCACAGGGAUAUGGAGGAUGUCUUCCGCAAAAUGGCUGUGGACAGCAGCUCUAAAGAAUUGCGCCGUUCUGUCUCUGAGGACCACUUCAGUAGCCGCAAAUGCAUGCAGUAUGCUGCGCCCGUCCGAAAGAACUGCAAGCAGAUGUAGAGAGCGAUGCACACCCCUACUACCACCCCUCUGCCGUCACCUCGGCACCCACCUUGCCUUUGGCCGGCUAUAGUUUCUUACGUCUCACCCAGAGUUCAAUGGACCGGCACAUCCCCCUUUUUUUUUCUCUCUCUGUCUAUCUGCGCUUAUUUUUCUGUGUAUGCAGCACACUAUCAAGUUAUCAUUUUUCUGUCAGUGUUACAUGUUUUACUUGAGUUCUUCACUUCUGUGAUGAUUUUCUAAAGGUGUGUGAAUGCUUAAUGAUAUGUGCAAGAUUACUGAUUUUGUUUGCCCCUUUUGGUGUCCCUCAAACACCCUAUAGAACCGCUGUUUGCAGACUCUCCCAGGCAUGCAGGUUCACUCACUCUUGUUCACAAUAUUAAUUUCUAUUUUUACAUCUCUUGCAUCUCUUGAAGGGCACCUCUUUGAUUGUGCUUUCGUCAUUUCAUUAUGAAACUCGUGACACUUUUCACAAUUCUGCAUUUUCUUGCGUGUUCUGUGCCACAGCCCUCCAUGCCAGCCAAAAGAUGAGGGGAAAAAACAUGCCUCCAUAACUUGCAGCGCUAUUCCACUGAGCAUCAUGCACAUGAUAUUUAUGACAAGAAAUUCUUGCAUGUUUUAUUUUCUUUGCACUUUCGGUGGCAUUAUGUCAAGGUUGGACAUUUCCCCCAUGUUGCAGUCUUCAUUACGUGUUACAGUUGAGCUCUGGUUAUUUAAGUCUGCAUUGUAAAUAACACUGUAGCCCUUAUUUCAGUAGCAGCACAUCCUUGUCAUUUUGAGCUAAAUGAUCUGGUCACAACUGUUUUUAAGUGCACACAUGCUUCACACAUUGUUGUUACUUUAUUUUUGUUUUCAUCCUUUGUUGCAUUGUUACAUAUUUUAUUGCCAUUACUGUUGAUUAUAUAGUAUGUUAAAGUUUUGUGUAUCUUGUUUAUCAGCCCAGUAUAUGUGCAUGUUAGUGACUUUCUUGUUCUCAAGCAUUUUAUGCCUUGGGUACUGUGUUGCAGCUUGAACUUAUUUCCUUUCCUCCAGAAGAAAUGCUAGUAACUUUCACUCCUUUUCUCUGCUUUUGUUAUAGCUUAACAUAUUUAUACCUUUAUUGUACAUAACAAUAAUUGGGGCAUGAUUUUGUGAUAAACAUGACCAAAUAGCAAAUUGUUUCUUCUAGUCCAACACCUAUUAGUUCUGAACCAGCAUUUCACUUACAAGUUGGUUUGUUUUGUCAGUGUUGGAAAAGAGAAAUGAGAUAGGUAAUGUGUGACCUGAUUAUUAUCUGUACAUUUCCAAAGUCUACUUUCUUAACUAAGUAAUAAGCACAAGAACUGUAUGGGUUGUUUGUUAUAGCUGUGACAAGUAGUAUGUGAUAUGGGGAACUAGAGUAUAAUCUGUGCAUUCCACUGAAAGAUAACAGCUCACUCUAGAGAAUGAGCUGUUCCUCGAACAUGACAUUUUGUACUGUUACAUUAGAAGGGAUUUGUGAGCAGCAGAACACACACUAGAGAUUAAAGAUGUCAGGAAAGCCAGUACCUUCUCAUCUUGCACAUGUGCCUUUAGAUUUCACCACAUAACACUUUGUCUACCACAUAAUCUGAAUUCUCUCAUCCACUAAGUGGGAGAUUCAGCACAACCACCAGCACAACUUAUAUACGCCAGUGGUCAUCAACAAACAUGCCUAAGAUUACGCACACAUAUUUGCUUCUGCAAACUAAUGUACAGCUGAAGCAAGUGCCUGAUCUCAGUAAGUGGCCUUACACUGGUGGCCUUUCGCUUGGUUGUGGUGACUGCUAGUAUGCUGUCGCCGAUAAUCUUGACUGCAGUCUGUAGGAGUAAAAACUUCAAGCUUCACCUUGACAAUAAGUUGUGUUUAGCAAAACAAACUAGCACAUUGAUAUCAGUGUGUUGUGUGAAUGUUUUAUUUUCUAACAAAGAAAGGGGGUGUUACCUUUUUUGCAGAUGUCACCCAUUGCUUCAGCCUUGCGCACAUAUUGGUAUGAAGUGUAAUAUGUUCCUGAUAAUGUGUUUCAUCAUUCUUUGCAUUCCCAUUACUACCUUUUGGUGGGCUUUCAAAUACCAAAAAGUUAUUUUUUAUUUUGUUGAUUAUGUUAUGUUUCGUUUUAUAGUUUUAUGUUCUGUCAGAACAAAAACAAUCUUAAAAAGUAAUGACAGGGUCUUGUGUUAGAAGAAAUUGUCAUGUGUGUCACCACUAAAUUUAAAUACAUGCACCAAAGUGCUCAAGCUCGAGUAAUGUGGGCUCCUGUGGCUCAUUAUGAGGGAAGUUAAGCAUGCUACAGCUUAAAAUAUCGGCUGCAUGUUUGCAUCUUUUCUCAUGGUAUUCUUACUGGGCAGCAAGUGAUGCUUCCUCAGUGCAUGCUCUCCUUCAGUUUUGAUGCUCAUAUUCUUGGCUGUGUAUCCUGUGCUCCCAAAAAUUACAAAUGUGCAUUUGUUUCCAUUUUGACUGUUUGCAUUAUAUUCUAAUUCUAGCCCCUAGGCAGCCCUCAUUUUGACUUGCAUCAAGGUUUACCUACAGCUCCUCUUCUGUUUACUUCGUAAUAGGCACUGCCUUCAUGUCAGUAGUUCAUGGCAUAAACCUGUGUUAAAAGACCUUGACCGCUCCACAAAUAGUCUGAACAUUUAUUUUCUUCCACGGCCUAGUUAAUACCGUCAGUGUAGAUAAUUGACUACGUGUUUAGCUAGAGGCUCAGAUAAAAAGUUUCACUUAAAGCUUGCUGUGCUCCUACCUUCCAUUUCCAAUUGAUGUCAAGAUAAAGCUACACAGAGCUAUGAUAAAUUUUAUGUGACAUACACAUCCACUAAGUUUAGAUAAGAGGGGGGGUAAGCAAAUUUUAUUUAUAGCACUAAGUUUGGCACUCUGGGGUGAUUGUCGAAUAAAUGACUGUGUGAGUGAUACAGUUUCUAUAUCCUCUCUGCCUAGUUCUUGGUGUCAUAUUAAGAAAAGCACUUACUGUUGGCUUCAUUAGUGCUGUAGGGUCAUGAAUUGCUAUGCUUUUCAGCUUGAACCACCUAGUUGUGUUAAAAGUUACCAAUAACCCGUUGAAAUCGUUUGCGUAGCAUACAGGGUUGCAGUUCCUUUCACUAAGUGUGUGUGUGUGUGUGUGUGUGUGUGUGUGUGUGUGUGUGUGUCGCCUUUCCAUUGGCUGAAGUUGAAGGACAGUACUGAAUUUUUAAUCGGGACUAGCAAAGCCUGGGAGUUCAUAUCUUUAUGAAGAGCACACAGAGCCUGUGAUUGAUAAUCAGAAGUUUGAAGUUUCUGAGGAAGGAACAACUUGAGGUUAAAAAACUAAUGAAUGAGUAUUCAUGAAAUUGUUUGGGCCAUAUUAGGGUGUAAGAAAAGAAAAAUAAGUAAUCCUACCAAAAAAUGCACACAUUCUCAGUUUGAUACAAGUUUUCUAUUCUGUUAAAAGAUGAGAAUGCAUAGAGAAAGAAUAGUCACGCAUUUCUAUCAGUUGCACCUGUGUAUGCACAUGUGUCCCCAUGGUUUCAAAUCUGAGUAUAUUCUGCAAUCUGUCACCCAUUCGCAUUGUGGGCCACAUCCCCCUAUCUGUACCAGAGGAAAAGACCAAAGUAUACCCAAUUUUUCAGCGAUUUCCAAGAGCUUGGCCUCAUGACUAUACUUAUUAGUGGUAUAGAAAGGGCUAACAAAACAAUUUUGAUGUGAAACAGGCUCACUAUCACUCGGCAUUAAUUUGCCAAUCAGUGAUGAUAGCCAGCUAUGAAAGUACCAGCCAAUCUUGAAGUGUUCCCAAGUAUGACCAGCUUUCUGAAUAUCUACUGGCAUGAGCAAAUUAAAGGUUUUGCUUGAAUCCAUAAAUGAGGAAUGUGGCCAAAAGAAACCUGUAUCCUCAACUACUUCAUACCUGCAUCAUUCAAGGGUGCUGUUAUUUCAUGAUUUGGUGAAUAAAUUGUAGCUGCCCUGAAAUUCACCACUAAUGAUAAAACCCUGGUGAAGGUCACACUUGGCUCAUGCCUUAGGGGCUUAUUUAUUCACAACAUUGUUAAAUAACAUUACCAUAGGCACUGUUAUUUUCAUGUCAGACCUGGGCCUUAGAAACUCGUGCCUUAAGUAGUGUUAUAUCAUGUUGUCAUGAAUAAAUUGUGGCUCCCUGGGCCUGAAUUUCACAUCUCGCAAUAUAAACUUGGCAAAGGUCACACAUGGCUCAUGCCUUAGGGGCAAAAAGCAACAAACUAAUUUGUCGUAGAUCCUAUGGUUCUUGUUCGUGGUCUAAAAUAAUAGCCAGUUGUCAUGUUGGCCUUGUUGCAUCAUUAUCAUGCAGAUUUUUUUCAUAUUGUAAUGACUAUAUUGUGAGUAUGCCUCGGGCAUUGUUUUGCUAUCCAAUGCAUGCAUAAGCAGUGGUGAGCAAUCAUUUAUUGCAAUUAAAAGGAGGGAAUGAAAGCUUAGUGACUGGUUUAGUCUAGGCAUUGAAGUUGCCACUGGAAGUCUUAAAAAUCAACAUAUUUAUAUUUUGCUCUUGCAUUUCACCGUUGCAUAUAGUCAUUGAAAGAUCACAUUGAAAUGUUAAGUUUUGCUCAUUUGAAUGCUGUUGGAAACAUUUUGUUUCGGUUUGCUUUGCUUUAUUUAAAAUAAGAUGACGAGCUUUUUACCCAGGUACCCAUUGCCAAAAUGUAUAUGCCUUGAAAAAUAAAUUGAUUUGGUAAUGUAAAGCAGAAAUUUCAAA